AUGUCAGUGAACAGGUUAAAGAAAGCAAGUGUAUCUUCAUUUAUUCUUGAUUGUGAAAUUGUUGCAUAUGAUCGCGAAACAAAGGAGCUUCUUUCUUUCCAGACUCUUAGUACUCGGGCUCGCAAGAAAGUAGAAAUCAAAGAUAUAAAGGUUAAUGUUUGCAUAUAUGCUUUUGAUUUGUUGUAUCUAAAUGGCCAAGAACUUCUUCAGGAAAACCUGAGAGUCCGUAGAGAGCAUCUUUAUGCCUCUUUUGAGGAGGAACCUGGAUUUUUUCAGUUUGCAACAGCAAUAACUUCAAAUGAUGUUGAGGAAAUACAGAAUUUUCUUGACCAAGCUGUUGGUGCAAGUUGUGAGGGAUUAAUUAUUAAAACAUUAAAUGAGGAUGCUACAUAUGAACCUGCGAAACGAUCACUCAACUGGCUAAAACUGAAGAAAGAUUAUAUGGACAAUUUAGGGGACUCACUAGAUUUGGUACCAAUUGCUGCUUUCCAUGGACGUGGAAAACGUACAGGAGUUUAUGGUGCCUUCCUCCUUGCUUGCUAUGACAACAAUAAUGAAGAAUUUCAAAGUAUUUGCAAGAUUGGAACGGGAUUCUCUGAAUCUGUACUUGCAGAGCGUUCUGCUACUCUUCGUUCGAAAGUCAUUUCCAAGCCAAAGUCAUACUAUAGAUUUGGAGAAACAAUCAAUCCUGAUGUCUGGUUUGAAGCCAGUGAGGUGUGGGAGGUGAAAGCGGCAGACCUGACCAUUAGCCCUGUUCACCGGGCUGCCGCGGGCAUACUAGAUCCGAACAAGGGCAUAUCUCUUCGAUUUCCACGACUACUUCGAGUCCGGCAUGACAAAGCUCCUGAACAGGCCACAUCAUCUGAGCAGGUUGCUGAAAUGUACAAAGCUCAAAAACACAAUCAAGCGAACAACCAAGAUGACGAUGAUGAAGAAGAUUAUUGA